AUGUCAAGAACAGGUGUAUUGGUACUAGGGCCAGCAGGGGCUGGUAAAUCCACUUUCUGUAAUUCUAUAAUAUCUUAUAUGCAAACCACUGGACGUCGUGCUCACAUAGUAAAUCUUGAUCCAGCAGCAGAACCAACUGAAUAUGAAUUUACCAUAGAUAUUCGAGAUUUGAUAUCAUUGCAAGAUGUAAUGGAGGAAAUGCAACUAGGUCCUAAUGGGGGUUUAAUAUACUGUUUUGAGUUUUUAUUGAAUAACUUGGAUUGGUUGGAUGAAGAAAUUGGGGAGUAUAAUGAUGAAUAUUUAAUAUUUGAUUGUCCUGGUCAGAUUGAGUUAUAUACCCAUAUCCCUGUAUUACCAACCAUAGUGAAACACUUACAACAAUCACUUAAUUUUAACCUUUGUGCUACCUAUUUAUUGGAAGCUCCUUUCAUUGUGGAUAAUUCAAAGUUUUUCUCCGGAGCCUUAAGUGCCAUGUCAGCUAUGAUCUUAUUGGAAUUGCCUCACAUCAAUAUAUUAUCUAAAGUGGAUUUAGUGAAAGACGAAUAUAGUAAGAAGCAAUUGAAGAAGUUCUUAAACCCGGAUCCAUUGCUAUUAAGCAAACAAGAUGACAGUUUCAAUCCUAAAUUUGCCAAAUUAAACAAAUUAAUUGCCAAUUUAGUUGACGAUUUCGGAAUGGUUCAAUUCUUGCCCUUAGAUUGUACUAAAGACAGUCGAUCCGUAGAAACUAUAUUGAGUUAUAUUGAUGACGUAACCCAAUGGAGUGAAUCACAAGAGCCCAAAGAGCCUAACGAUGAGAUGGAACUUCCGGAUGACGAAUAG